AUGGUACCAACUGUGGACCCGUCCUACGUUUACGAUCUGUUAUGGAAGAAAGUUGUAGUGACCAUGGAAUCGGCCGUAGAACAUCUUUUCAAACAUACUUAUCCGAAGAUCAAAGAUCGCGUACGUUUUGAAUAUGCGGAGCAGCGUCGCAAAGCUUAUUUGGGAGAAGAUGGCAAUGAAUUUAACAUCAACGAAUUUCUCACAGUUUAUCCGGAUCCAGAAGCAUUCUUCGAGCAUGAACGUAAAACAAAUCAAAGCUACGAGAUGCAUGCUAUAGUUUGUUGA